ACAUUUAUUUGUAACCUUGCAAAUCCAUUUUUUUAAAUCGAACAAAUCCCCUGGAAAAAAUCUAUCGCUCAUGAUUCUGUCUCUAUGAGAUUUUUAAGCGCCCUUAUUACUUUAUAAGUUUUUAAUUUGUAGUCAUAUUACACACCAAUUUCAAAAUGGCGUGAACAUGUGUUUGUGAAAUUUCAACGUUUUAGAAUUUAGAUUUGACGUCCGCUCUACGAAAGGAUUUGAAUUUUCCGGUUUGUGUUAAAUUAAAGUCUAUUGAGGAUUUUCUUCGGAAUUGUGUUUGUGAUGGCCGUGUGCGGCGAAUAUAUCAGGAGUCAAUUUCCUACGAUUGACGAUGAUCUCUAUCAUUACGUGGAAGGAAUCCUCGACAGCUCCAGAGACGACUUUGAAGAUGGGGAUGAAGUUUAUGAAGCCAUUGGGCAAGUUUUGCAUGAAGUAGCCGACAAGUCAGAAAUCGAGGUUAGGCAAAUAUGCGAGAAUUUGCUCGAAAUUCUAAAAGGAGGGUCGAACGGAGCCAAGAAUGAUGCAACCGACAAAAGGAACGGCGUCAAUAAGGUUUUAAAUGCUCCAGUUCAUUUGGGAUCAAUGGCAGCAACAUUAGAAUCUCAAGUUGAACAAAUCAAAAGUAUUUGGGUUACAACGCGAGACGAUGGAAUGAAAGUGGAUGCAAGGAAAUUGGAAAAAGCUGAAGCGAAAUUACAACAAAAGCAUGAGAAACGAGUUGGCAUUGAUCAGACAGCAGCAAAAAUUAUCAACAAUACUGCCCCAGUCUUGGAAACAGCAAGUGCUAGUCAAAUGAUGAGUAAAAAAGACAGCAGGCUGGAAACGAAAGGAUCAACAAAUAAAACUACAGACAUAAGAAUAGAAAACUUUGACGUAGCUUAUGGAGAUAGGGUAUUAUUGCAAGGAGCAGAUUUGACUCUUGCUUUUGGUAGACGUUAUGGUCUUAUCGGUCGAAAUGGUUUAGGGAAAACUACGUUACUUCGAAUGAUAUCUAGCAAACAACUUCGAAUUCCCUCGCACGUGAGAAUCUUACACGUGGAGCAGGAAGUAGCAGGAGAUGAAACAUCAGCGCUUGAAUCUGUAUUAGAGAGUGAUUAUGAGCGAAGCGCGCUGCUUAGUCGCGAAGCGGAAUUGCAGGCAGCUAUUGCAAAAGACGAAGGAAAAUCAGGAGAAUUGGGAGAAGAACUGGCUCGAGUUUAUGAGUCGAUGCAACACGCAGAAGUAGAAAAAGCGCCUGCCAAAGCGAGCACAAUUCUCUCAGGUCUUGGUUUUUCUGUCGAGAGACAAGCCUGGCCCACCAAAUCAUUUUCUGGAGGAUGGAGGAUGCGUCUCGCGCUCGCGAGGGCGCUAUUCUCCAAACCUGAUUUGCUACUUCUUGAUGAACCGACGAACAUGUUGGAUAUCAAAGCCAUCCUCUGGCUCGAAAAAUAUCUUCAGUCGUGGCCUACAACCCUACUUGUUGUUUCUCACGAUCGUAAUUUCUUAGACACGGUUCCAACCGACAUUCUUUACUUGAAAGCACAAAAGAUAGAGGCCUAUCGUGGAAAUUAUGAGCAGUUUUCGAAAACAAAAGGAGAACGCGAGAGGAAUCUGCAAAGAGAAUACGAAGCUCAACAAGCGAAGCGAGCUCACGUCCAAGAAUUCAUCGACCGGUUUCGUUACAAUGCCAAUCGUGCCUCUAGUGUCCAGAGUAAAAUAAAGAUGCUCGAGAAACUGCCAGAAUUGAAGGCAAUCGAGAAGGAAGGAGAAGUGACCUUGCGAUUCCCAGAAGUAGAGUCCCUCAGUCCUCCAAUUCUCCAGUUGAACGAGGUUUAUUUUCGAUAUAAAGAGGGAAUUGAUAUAUUAUCUAACGUUAAUCUCACUGCUAGUUUAGAGUCCCGAAUCUGCAUUGUGGGAGAGAAUGGAGCCGGAAAAACGACGUUACUGAAACUUAUCACGGGAACGUUGAGUCCUACACGUGGAACUGUUCAUGUUCAUCGAAAUCUGAAGUUUGGAUACUUUAGUCAACACCACGUCGAUCAACUUGACAUGAGAGUGUGUCCUGUUGAGCUGUUGCAAAAUCAUUUCCCAGGUAAGCCAAUUGAGGAAUACAGAAGGAUGUUGGGUAGUUUUGGUGUUAGUGGCGACCUGGCUCUCCAGAAUAUAAAUUCUCUCUCUGGAGGACAAAAAUCGAGAGUUGCUUUUGCCCUGAUGUGUGCCGCGAUGCCCAAUUUCCUCGUCCUUGAUGAACCGACGAAUCAUCUUGAUAUAGAAUCUAUCGAGGCGCUGGGUAAAGCUCUCAAUGUUUGCCAAGCUGGUGUUAUACUCGUUUCCCACGACGAGAGACUUAUUCGAAUGGUAUGCAAAGAACUCUGGGUCUGCGGUGGAGGUUCAGUCCAAUGUAUAGAAGGUGGAUUUGAUGAGUAUCGUAAAAUCAUAGAAAAGGAAUUGGAGACGUAGAAUUAAUUUUAUUAAGAAAUUCAGUUGUCUUGACGCGCUUCUUUGCGCCUACCAACAUCAGUAAGGCAGAUUUAUAAUUCGAUUUUGAAUUGAAACAAGUAUCACACGACUAAUUUAAUAAACAAAAAGAAUAAUUGUUAA